AUGCGCCUCUUCCUAGGCCAUUUCGUUCUUUCUUUUCUCCUUCUACUCCUCAAUAUUGGUUGCGCUUCGGCUGGAAUCAACACAUCAUGCUUGAAAGUCGUCACAGCGCUGGCCGCCCGCCCCGGGGAUCUUUUUGCUAAAUUCCAAGAGCACAUCUGCGACCAAGGUUGUCGACCGACAGUCCCCCACUGGGACCUCUGGACGAGAAAUAACUCCUUCCUCCCCGCCGUACGGAGCGUAACGAAACGCUUAGAUGCGCCGCGACAUGAAGAGGCGAUGAUUAAACUGGGAGACGACGCGGCGGAGAUUAUCAAACGCCGUUGUGGUCCGAUGCUGCAUGGCAACGACCUUUGCUCGGACUCGGAGACCCUGGCGAAUUUCGGGAACUGUUUCAAGACGAAUUUCGUUCGGGCGGCGAUAAUGAAUUUGCCGACAUUGUUGCCUAUGGUUAGUGAGGAGAUCAACUUUCGACCAAAUCCUCUCCUCGCCAAGUCCAUCAACCAUUUACACACUCGCAACGCCGAGAGACUGUCGGAUUUGCUGCGCCAGAAUGGCGGCCUCUACCUUAAGAUCGGUCAGGCAGUCGCCAUGCAGUCGGCCAUUCUACCGCCCGAGUUCCAGAAGAUGUUCUCGCGUAUGUUCGACGAUGCCCCGCAGAACGAUUGGAAGGAUGUGGAGAAGGUCAUCCGUGAGGAUUUCGGCAAGUCUCCGGAAGAAGUCUUUGGCGUAUCGUUCGCAGGCGAUCCCACUAAAGGUGCCAUGGAGCGCAAGGCCAGAGCCAGCGCUAGUGUAGCGCAGGUUCAUUGGGCUCGCUUGGCCGAUGGAAGAGAGGUUGCGGUGAAGAUUCAGAAGCGGGAAAUUGCGCAGCAGAUCCAAUGGGAUUUAUGGGCGUUCAAGGUCGUGACCUGGGUCUAUAGCCGUGUGUUCGAUAUCCCCUUUUACUCUUUGGUCCCCUAUGUCAGCGAGCGCCUCUUCCUGGAGACGGACUUCGAGAAUGAAGCCGAUAACUCGGAGCAUAUGGCCAGACUCGUUGCAAGCGAGUCACGGCUCCGAAAUCGUGUCUACAUUCCCAGGGUCUAUCGUGAACUGAGCUCCAAGCGGGUCAUGACCGCGGAAUGGAUCGAGGGCGUCCGCCUCUGGGAUAAAGAUGCUAUCACACGCUCCUGGCGUGGUGGUUGGCGUCAGGGUAGCCCAGGAUGCCACGGGACUCCAAUGGACUCCCCACAGUCCAACAGCACAUCGACCAAGGCUCCUCACAACCCGAAUGCAACCCAGAUCAAACCGGACCGGGAUCACUGGCGCGGAUGGAAUGGCCGCGGCGGACUCGGUCUCUCCCUGAAAGAGGUGAUGACCACAAUGGUCGACUUGUUCUCAGCCCAGAUGUUCCUCUGGGGGAUUCUACACUGUGAUCCGCACCCGGGCAAUAUCUUUGUCCGUCGCAAACCAUCGGGUCAACCAGAACUCGUCCUAAUCGACCACGGCCUCUACAUUCACAUGGACUCAGACUUCCGACAUCAAUACGCCCGCUUCUGGAAGGCGCUCCUCACCUUUGACAACGCCACCAUCCGCGACAUCGUCAAACAAUGGGGCGUCACAAACCCAGACAUUUUCGCCUCCGUCACUCUCAUGCGCCCCUACCAAGGCGGCGACCUCUCCACCCAGCAACACUUCGAAGGCCUCUCCAAGAAGGACCGCGCCCAGCUCCACUACGAAGCCCAACAAGCCGCUCGCAAGGGUAUCCGCCAGAUUCUCGGUGAUGAAAGCAAAUGGCCCAAGGAACUCAUCUUCAUCGGCCGCAACCUGCGCAUCGUCCAAGCUAACAACCAAUUCCUCGGCUCCCCCGUCAACCGCAUCAAGAUCACAGGUACCUGGGCGUCCCGCGCCCUCGUCGAGUCUCCCGAUCUACCUCUCAACGAGAAAAUCCAGAACUACGGCCGCCACAUCCUCUUCCGGCUCGUGCUCUUCACUAGCGAUAUUUACUUCUACUUCACGAAGAUUAGGCAGUUCUUGAGACUCGGUGGUGGGAUGGAGGAUUCGCUGGAGGCGCAGAUGCAGAGUAUGGCAAAGGAUAUGGGGGUAAAUUUGCAGCAGAAUGUGUUUGAGGGAUAG